AUAAUGUUGGAACUUGGCAAAGGCAAAUGAGGGCUGCAACCAGUCUUCUUCUCCAUACCUACCCAUGUUCUCUUCCUCUUCUUAUUCUCUCCCCUCGACAAUUUCACCAAUACCCAUCACCCCAAAACCCCCAUACAUUAUCUUCCUCUCAUCUUCUUCGCCAAAUUCAAGUUUGCAGGUACCGCCGAUGGGACUCCAACGCCGAGUCCUUCCGGAACCAAAACUUCAAUUUUAAUUUCGACUCCAAUUCUGGGAACGACGGCAGUGACGAUGAUGAUGAUGAUACGCCGUUCGGUUUGGAGCAAUUGGGUGGGGUUGUAGAGGAAUUCAUUGACGGUGUUUGGAUUUUUAAGGCAUUCAGAUCUUUUGGAUGGUUCCUUCCAGCAACAGUCAUAUCCCUCCUGGUAUCAACAGGUCCCAAAGCUUUUCUUAUGGCCCUCGCACUCCCACUUGGGCAGUCAGCACUUUCUUUAGCAUUUCAGAAGCUCUGGGGAAAUAAACAAAACAACCCAAAACGCAAGGCAAAGUCUAAGAAGAAACCACGUGCCCGCCCUAGAAGAAAAGUUGAACUGGAGGAGGAUGAAGAAGAAGAAGAAGAAGAGAACCAAGGGAUCGGAAAGGGAAAGAUGGGAUAUCAAUCAUGGGUAGGUGGUAAUGAAGCCCCAGCUGCUAAGGACAGCCAAGAUGCUUCUAGUUUAGGUGGAUGGGAUGUGCUGGAUAGUAUGGAGUCUGUGAAAAGGUCGGCUCGAACAGAAAGGGGCCCACGAAGGACACCUAUUAAGAAGGGCAAGUUGAGUAGGGGAGGCAGAAAAGGUGAGAUGCCCUUAUUUUUGAGGCUGCUGAUUGCAGUUUUCCCAUUUUUGGGUUCAUGGACAAAGAUGCUGUAGUUAUUCCUAGAAAGCUGGAAAAAGAAGAACCCUGGCUUGGUUUCCUUUUGCUUUCAGUUGCUGCUCUGGGUUGAUUCACCAACCUUGAACUACUUACACAUGAUUACAACAGUCGAAGGACUAAGAUUCAUACUCUUUUCAGCAAGUUUGAGCUUGGAGCAUGAAUUGGCUUGGUCUUGCUUGCAAAUGCUUGGGUCAAGUCCCCACAGUGGUACAAUCAUUCAGUGAUAAUACGCUGAACAAUGCCACGGUGUUACACUGAUUACUGCUUCCAUAACCACAUCAUACCUCAUUCUUGGCUGAUAAAGCCUUUCAGAAAAAUUUUUAUUUUUUAAUUUUAAUAGAUACAGUAGUAUAGUAGUUUUCAGAACGAACGAACCGAAAAACGAACUGCUGUUUGGAUAUUGCUUGGAAUGGCAGAAGUGCUCUGGUAUGCCUUCUUGUCUUCUGAUUCAGUUCUGUGUUGGUCGAUAUAGACGAUCUUUUUUCUUCCAUACUAACGUGUUGGGACAAAACUUUGCUAAGUUAAGUAUUCUAGUGUGUU